UUUACAGUAUGAUUAGAUAGAAAUAUAUAUAUCUAAGUAAUGACAGAAUACUUUCAGAGAAAAAAACUAAAGUGAUUUUCUUCAAGAUUAUCCUAUUUGAUUUGAGUAGUUAGUAAGUAGUAUAUUCAUUUGGAAUAUAAAUUCUAUUUCAUUUAAAUAAUAACAUUUAAUGAAAUAUACAAAAGGUAAGUAUCAUCCAUAUAUGAAUAUUUAUCUUAGUUAUUGACAAAUUAUAAGUACAUUCAAUGAAUAAAGAUUUCAAUGAGACUAUAAUUUAUAGACGAUCUAUGAAGAAAGUUAAAGUAACCUUGAGAGUAUCCACCUACUACUACUACUAAUACUACUACUACUAGUACUACUACUACUACUACUACUACUACUACUACUACUACUACUACUAUUACUGCUACUACUACUACGACUACUACUACUACUACUAACUAGGACUAAAUGAGGAUUAUAAAAGUGUAAGGAAUUCGAAUUAUGAUUUACAGUUGAUGGUUAAGGUUAGAAAUUAGAAUUAAGGUUUUUUUAUUACGAACUGAUAUCAGUUAUAAUGCCAUAACUUUAUUUAACCAAAUAGAUGAGUGAAUUUCGCGCUAAAAUUUAAGACCUGGUGGUUCAAAUGAAUAAUUUUGUUGAAGUUUUUUUCUCUGAGAUGGAUGGUUUAGUCAAAGAACAAAACUCUAUCAAAAUUUCUAACCUGUAAUCUUAUACCUUAUUAGUUCGUCCAUAAAUUAUAGUCUCGUUUAGAUUUCAUUAUUAUAUGAAUAAAGCAACAUAAAGAAAAAAAAUGAAUUGGAGUAUUAUGUAAUAUAUGAGACAAUUUACUGAUGAUAAAUUGAUUUUCAGGUAUUAAUGUAGUUUGUUGAUAGUCAUUUGGAUUUCUUAUUACUUACGCUUGUUAAUCUUUGUGGUAGAGCAUAGAUCAUAAACCAGCAUUCUCUACCUAACUAUAAUUUCAUCAUUCUCUUCCACAUGUUUCCAUUUCCUAUUCAUUCUUUUCAUAUCUGAUUACAAUGGUCAGUGUAGUGUGUUAUUUGGACUUUGAUUUUUUCCAAUUCCCCUUCACGAUCCCAAGUUAGUGCAUGUUUCAUAAUUUAGUUUGAUGAUUUCUUUAUUACAUAUCCUAUUCACCUAUAACGUCAUUCUUUAAUUUCCUCCUCAGAUGAAACCUGGUUAUUUCUUUCACACAGUAGGUUGUUACUUAUGCUAUCCGGUCCACAUAUAUUGAGUAUCUUGUGUAGCCAAUUGUUCAUAAAUACUUUUACUUUUUUGAUGAUGAUUGUUGUAGUUCUCUUAGUUUCAGCUCCAUAGUUCAGGACUAUGUUGACGUUCGUAUUGAAGAUAAUGAAUUCGAUGUUGGCUUACUGACAGUUGUUUUGAGUUCCAUAUGUUCUUUAACUGUAGAGAUGUUUUCUUUACUUUAUUAAUUCUUAUCUUUACAUCUACAUCAGAUUCUCCUUAUUCAUAGGUGAUGCUGACCAGGUAUGUAAAAGUUUCCACAUAUUCCAAAGCUUCAGUAUAAAGUGUAAUUAUGUUUGUGUUCUCCGUGUUAUAUUUCAAUCUGCACACUAUAAGAUCAAUAAAUCUACUUUAAAUUAUUAGAUUAUCUUAGAUGAUAAAUUUCAAUGGUAAUACUUUUUAUUAUAUUCUAGUAUAAUAGUUUUUCAUUGUAAUAAACAAAAAGAAGCACUUUCUAGGGGGGGGUCUCUUUUUUCACAACUUUAUCCCUGUCUAAAUAAGAUAAAUGGGAUAACCGAUAAAUGAUGUCAAGUUGAUUUAGUUACUAUGCGUGUAUCAAUUCAACUGUAUCACACUAUACAGAAACAUAGAUGAUAUAAACAAAAAAAAUUGCAAUCAAUAUUAAAGUCUUCAACAUUUAAAAAUUAAAUAUAUACAACAAGAACCAAAUCAUUUUGUAUGAUUCUAGUAUAUAGAUUAGUAACUCAAAGAUAUCAUAUUUAACAUUCGAUGAUUGUCGUGUAGACUAAUUUCAUAUUGCUGUAUUAAUCAGUUAGCAACAAAUUAGAACUGCAUACGUACGUACGUACAUCUGUUCGAGUUGUGUUGGUGUUAUUAUGUAACUUUAACUCAUUCACGAAACUGUAGCAUCGUCUAUCGUCUACUACAAUCUCCACAAAUACCUAAUUUGAAAUUAAUCAGUCAGUCAGUCAGUAACAAUGUAGAAAUUCGUAUUUACGUACGUUAGUUCGAGUUGCCAUACCACAUUAGCACACAGAUGCAGUUGUCGAUUCAAACCCUGUAGUGGUAGAGGUGGUAAGAGUAUAAUCAGUAAUCGGAAAGAUUAGUGUUUGAAGAUGUUAUUCAAGGAGUAUAAUACAGUGAAAUAGAUUUGGAAAGAGAAAAAAGAAAGGGACAUGAAGAAUUCAGAAGAUUAGAAUUUGGGAGAAAACAAAGAGUGGAUGCACCUGCUCCAUUGUAAACGAUUUUGAGCCAUGUCAUUCAAGGUCUCUAACCAUUGAUUGCUAUCAUCUCGCGGAUCCCAACCAGGUAGUCUACACCUACCAAUAUGGCUCACUCAGUACACUUGUCAGUGACUUCAUGGAUUUGUGCCAUGUCUUGAUCUGACCGCUCUUAGCUAUCUUCCAACCUAUUCCUACACCACAAAACAUCGCACGUUGUGGCAGUCGGUUGUUGGGUAUACGUAACAUAUGUCCCAGUCAUCUCAACUAAUGGAGUUUCACCACUUCAUUAAUUAAUUCGUACCCGUUUCCUAACAACUGCAUUACUCACUCGGUGGUCCCAGGAUAUACGAGCAAUACUUUGAAGACACCUAUGAUCGAAUACUAGUAACCUACGAAUAUCCUCUACUCUUACCGGCCAUGUUUCACAACCAUAAAAUAGAACGGAACGAACCGCUACGCAGUAAACCCAUUCUUUGGUUGGUAGAUGGAUAUCUCGUCUACGCCAUAAAUGACGCAAGUUGGCAAAAGCUAAUUGAGGCUUUUCCUAUCCGUUCUAAGAUUUCAUCAAAUACAUUAUAUACCAAUAUAGUAAACAUGUAUGUAUAUACUAAAGCAAAUUAAUCAAAGUGUAUCAUUCCAGGAUAACUAUCGACAUUAAUAUGAGCACAAUGAACAAUGAACUAUAUAUUUAAUUACUUUCAGUUUAUAUUCAUUCAUCAUACUUUAUCUGUAUUAUUCAAAUUGUUUUUUCUAUUCUAAUUAUUGCUUUUAUUCUAUCCUAUAGAAUGUAGUCGCUUAUAUUAGUAGUAAGAUAGUUUACAUUUUUGUUUGUUUGUUUGUUUGUUUUAUUGUCUGUCAACAAAUUACAUUAUUUAUUUGUACACAUCAAUUGUGUAAGCAUAAGUUGUUGAUUUCUCUCUCUCUCUUUCUUUCUUCAUUUUUUUUUGUUUUUUUUUUGUUUCCUCCCUAAAUUAACAAUAAGUUAACAUUGUAAUGAUUGGUUACACCCUUUAUUGUGUAGUUCUGUAGCACAAUUGUGCUGAGUAAAUUAAAUUGUUUUAUUUGGGAAGCAAUUACAAUCAGUUAUAUAUAUAGAGAGAUAGAGAGAGAUAGGUAUAGAUAUAUAAUUGUAUAGUUUCUAACGAUUGAGCACAUUUAUUUAUCCCUUGAUCAUUUACUUAUAAAUUAAUAUUAUAUAGUCAAUAAUAAUAAUAAUAACAGUAAUAUUAUGAAACAAAUAGUAGCUAUGGUUAAAGAUGCUGAUAUGAAUCGUUCUAUGCAAGAGGAUGCUGUUUAUAUAGCUGCAAAUGCAAUUGAUGAACAUAAUACUGAACAAGAAAUUGCAAGAUAUAUUAAAAUACAAUUUGAUCAUAAACAUAAACCUUAUUGGCAUUGUAUAGUUGGUGGAACAUUUUCUAGUUUUGUAUCCCAUGAAGCGAAUAAAUUCAUAUAUUUCUUCCUUGGAAAUCAUUCAAUACUUUUGUAUAAAUCAUUAUAA